AUGACCGAGGCGACAUCUCAGGCCUUGUCUGUCGAGAUUAACCCCAAGACAGUCGAUGGCCUCAAGAAAGUUAUCAAAGCUGAGAUUCCUGACACGUUCAACAGAGUUGAUGCCAAGGACCUCACCCUCUGGCGCUCGCCCAAGAAAACGAUCCAUAUCACCGUCCAGCGACCCCCGUCAGCCCAUGCGCCUCUUGCGGUCCCAGUCCCAGUCCGUGCUCGUAGCUCCACACCCUUCUCGGAUGAAUCCCGUGCUGGUACUCCGCUGAGUGGCGAUCUCAGAGAUGCCAUCAAGAAUAUUACAGACAAGGUGUUUCGCAACAGGAUCAAAACAUGCCGACUUUCUCGACAGCUACGUGCAAGGAGAAUUUUCUUUGCCACUCACUACAACUGGUAUUCGGGGGCUACCGAAGGGCCUACGAUCUUCGAAUCAGUUUUGAGGCCCAUUGUCCAAGAUUAG